UUUACGUGCCAUUCUCAAAACUUCACCUGGACUCAUAAUGUGGUCUGACCUUUGGCUUGAUCUUCAGCAUCCACGUCUCUCUCUAUAGAACACCAAAGAGCUUACAAGCUUGAUCGCAUGGCUCAAAUGGAUUAGUGAAAACUGUUGCUGUUCACCUCAGAAAUACAGCAAUAGGAAAACAAAUAAACAUGUUGUUAUUAAGACUAUUGGCCAUAUCUUUGGUUAUUGUCACUAAUACUUGGCUGUUGAAUCCGGUUUGUUCUGACGGAUUCAGUCGCUACAAGCGCGCGAUGGCGAGGCGUGCAGACCGAGAACUUUCCAGUCAAACAGGUGAACCGUGCGCAGCGGCUGUCGUUUGGAGGUCCCGGCGACAUCCCCGCUCCCUCUCCUCCUCAUUGUCCCCGUCCCAACAACGCCCUCCAGCGGUGAACACCCGGGCCAGCCGCACUCACGGGUUUGUGAGAAGCGCUCCAGCGGCGUGCACUGGAGAGUGCGGGGUUGACAGCGUAUAUCAGCGAGAACAUGAAGCCAGACAGGGAAAUCCAGGGUCAAGGAACUCUCAGAAACGCAGCGCAGACAAAACAAGGCACGAUCAUGGGCACAGUGCACCGCAGCAGGGCCAAACGAUGCCCCCCUCAAGGGUCACGCGCAGUCUCCAAGACGAAGAGGAGCUGAACUCAAGCUGGAACGGAGCUCCCCCCCGCAGCUCCACGGUCUCCGCUCAGCUGCACGUUCCCUCCACGUAUAGUGUGAAUGGAGACGCACAGCCUUCCACUGGCGCGGUCGACGAAGAAAACUUCUCCGGAGAGGUUGAAGAUGAGGACCUGGGUGCAUCCGCGAGGCCCGCGCUUCAUAGCGGGAGGAGUGGAGGUUCGUCCUGGGCAAGCCCGGUGCCCCGUCCGCCGCCAUCCUGGAUGACAGCCUUGUACUUCCGCGGAGGCAGGGAGCAGCUGAGACUCAAGCCGGACGCUGAUCUGGAGUUGCCGAGGGCUAAGUUCAGUCUGGAGCUGUGGGUGAAGCCUGAAGGAGGGCAGAGCAACCCCGCAGUAAUUGCAGGUGUAUUCGACAACUGUUCCCAUUCGCUGAGUGAGAAGGGCUGGUCUGUGGGCAUCCAGACACUGGAGCCUGGCAGUACCAAAGACGCCCGAUUCUACUUCACUCUGCGCACGGACCGAGCAAUCAAAUCCACUACUGUCUAUAGCCACCAGCGGUACAAUGGCAACGCCUGGACACAUCUAAUGGCUUCAUACAACGGCCACAACAUGACCCUGUAUGUCGACGGAGCUAAGGUUGGAGAGAGCAAUUUCCAAUCUGGAAAUCUGUACAGCUCGUUCAUGAAGACCUGCAGAACCUUCUUUCUCGGCAACAACAAAUCAGAGAAGGGCCACAGCUUCAGGGGACAUAUAGGAGGUUUUAUCCUGUGGGACUAUGCCCGAAAUCAAGAAGACCUGAUGCAAAGACCACAGGACAUUGAUAAGAGUGAUCCCCUACUGGCCAUGUGGGCUGACUUCACCAAUGUAGAGAAGUUGUGGACUCCAUACAAAUUUGGUGUCCACCCGAGCAUUGUCACCACUCCAGUCCCUGAACAAGAGCUUGUGUCCCCAUUUGACCCUCCUCCCUGCGGACUUACACCUUGCGAUAACACAGAGAUUAUUGCUGGCUAUAACAACAACUGGCAGCUCCGGACCUCCAAGCAUGUGCGCUAUAGGAUCGUCAACUUGGCCGAUGACGAUGGUGGGAACCCAACGGUAUCCAAGGUCCAAAUUGACCUGCAGCAUAAAGCUCUUGUUGAAGCCUUUCACCCUUAUAACAUCACUCUGGAGAUCAACAUCCACACAGUCAGAAACUCCAGUCUAAGAGAAAAGUUUAUUCUGAGCAACUGUCGGAUUGAGAAGAUUGGGAAUCGCCAGUGUGAUCCUGAAUGCGAUCACCCCAGAACCGGUCACGAUGGAGGAGACUGUCUGAGGCUGGGGCCGUGCUACAGCUGGAAAAGACAAGAUGGCGUUUGUAACAUGGAGUGCAACAGUAUCUACUACGACUAUGAUGACGGGGACUGUUGUGAACCGGCGGUAACGGAUGUGCUGAAGACAUGUUUUGACCCAGAGUCUCCAGACAGGGCAUAUAUGAGCAUCAAAGAGCUGAAGGAUGAACUUCAGCUGAGCGGCACUGAUGCACUAAAUGUCUUCUUUGCUAACAACUCUGCACGCGAGGAGCUAGCUGGAGCCGCAACCUGGCCCUGGGCAAAGGAGGCCCUCUCUCACCAAGGGGGCAUGGUGUUAAAUCCAUCCUACUUUGGAACAGAGGGGCACCACAACACCAUGAUCCAUGAGAUGGGGCACAUCUUUGGUCUUUACCACGUUUUUAAAGGCGUCAGUGAACGGGACUCUUGUGACGACCCAUGUCAGGAGACCACCCCUUCCAUGGAAACUGGAGACCUGUGUGCUGACACUGCUCCCACUCCCAAGUCCAAGGUCUGUCACGAUCCAGGAGCUGUGAACGACACUUGUGGGGUCAUCAACUACCAAGAUACUCCUUAUAGUAAUUAUAUGAGCUACACUGAUGACAACUGCACCAACCACUUCACACCAAACCAAGUGGCCCGAAUGCACUGUUACUUAGACCUGGUCUAUCAGAAGUGGCUGACAACUCAGCAGCCUUCCCCUGUCCCUCUGGCCCCAAUAAUAACAGCCCAGACUGCAAGAUCUGUGUCUCUGUAUUGGUUAGCCCCAUUAAGUGGGCCACUUUAUCAAAGCUCUGCUUUGGGUUUUUCGGGAGUGGACUGUGGACUAUGUGAGAGUGAUGGCGUCUUUCAUCAAUACGCGUUUGAGGCUGCUUCUCCUCGAGUCUGUGACACGUCUGGAUACUGGACACCUGAAGAAGCUGUUGGCCCCCCUGAUGUGGAGCAGCCCUGUGAGCCCAGCCUGCAGGCCUGGAGCCCAGAGCUGAGCCUCUAUGACACCAAUGUCACAUCUCCAUGUCCUGACACAGAGGGGUGCACCCUCACUCUGGACUUUCUUCACCCUGUUGUACCUCACAGCCUCACCCUGUGGGUCACCUAUAUCUCUACAAAUAACCCGGCCAUUGCCGAUAUCGAGCUGAUCACAGAGAGAGGAGGGGUGAUCCACCUGGGCCCUCAGCAUGUGUACUGUGACAUGCCUCUGACUCUGCGCCUCAGCACAAACAGCGCUGCAGUGGAGGCCAUAAGACUCAGCACGUUCGAUGAGAAACUGGAGAUCGAUGCAGCCAUGUUGUCUUCAGGUCCAGACAGUCCACUGUGCUCAGGGUGUAAGCCUUUGCUGUACAAGCUCCACCGACAACCCCCCUUUACCAGAGAAGCCCCCGCUCAGAGGCAGCAGACUUUCACUGACAGCUCUGUCCAGCUUGGUGUCCAUUAUAAGUACACAGUCCAGGUAGAAGCUGAAAAUGUGAGUGAUGAGUCUCCUUCCCUGCUGUACAUCCACGGACAGUCUUACUGUGGAGAUGGCUUCAUACAGGGGUCUGAGGAAUGUGAUGACACUAAUCUGCUGGAUGGAGACGGCUGCUCCAAGAAAUGCCAAAAAGAGCGGGGCUUCAACUGUAACGGAGAACCCAGUCAGUGCUAUGUUUUUGAUGGGGAUGGCGUGUGUGAGGAGUUUGAACGUGGCUCCAGUAUACAGGACUGUGGCUACUUCACUCCUUUGGGUUUCAAUGAUCAGUGGGCCUCAACUGCUGCUGCCUCCCACCAAGACCCCCACAAGUGUCCUGCACGCGCUGUCACCGGGGAGCCACAGCUCAAUAAGCUGUGCAGGUCUCAGUAUCUGGACAUAGGGGACAGACCUCCCACUGGAGCCUGGUUCCCCUGCACCACUCAAGACGACAGCAAUGACCUGGAGCACACUUACUGGCUCAAGGUGGGAUUUCCUCAUCCUGGAGUAGCUGCCUCAGUCAUGGUGUACCUAGCCUCAGAUGGUUCAUGGUCCGGGGAGCAGUGUCGAAGAACUGUCGUGAUUCUAUUGUCAGAUACAACUGGGAAGAACCACUCACUGGGCUCUCAUGACCUGUCGUGCCAUCACAACCCCCUGGUGGUGAAUGUGACCCAUGAUCUCUCACGCCCCUUCUUCCUCACCUCUGCGGUGGUCCUGCUGCUCUCCUCUCCCUCAGUGGCUGUGGCAGGUGUGGCUCUGAGGACCUCCUGCCACUUCAGCACCUUCGCCCUGACUGGUUGUUUGAGGCAGGCUUGUCAGUUGGACAGCUGUAGUCCACCACAGAUAGACCAUGGCUUUGUCAGGUGUACAGGGGGAGGAGAGGCGUCCCGCUGCUCUGUGCGCUGUCAUCGAGGCUACAGCAUCAAGUUUCUCAGUGGCAAAGGAGAACUAUCCUAUCAGAGGGAGGCAAAGCUGGAGUGUUUCCAUGGUUCCUGGGACCGUAUGGUUCGGUGCCGGCCUGUGGACUGUGGCCUUCCUGACCAGUCCCACAUUUACCACGCCAUCUUCAGCUGCCCCUGGGGAACAACCUAUGGGAAACAGUGCUCUUUCACAUGUGGUUCUCCAGCCAUACUACAGGGUGACAGUGACAGGCUGGUGUGUCUGGAGGAUGGCCUGUGGUCCUUUCCUGAGGCCUACUGUAAGAUAGAGUGCCCAGAGGUUCCCAGUAUCCCUAAUGCACAUCUGCUGACAGGAGAGUGCCUUGCUUCAGGGCACGACAUCGGCUCUGUCUGUCGGUACAAGUGCAGUCCAGGAUACUAUGUGAUGGGCAGCCUGAAGAAGAGCAGACCAAGGAAGUACUUUAAGUUGGAGUGUCUGGAGGAGGGGCAGUGGGAGGAGGCUGGGUGUGAGCCUGUGUCCUGCCCAGAGUUACCUGAUGUGUACCAGGGCAUGUACACCUGCACCAAUGGCCUCUACUAUGACAGCUACUGCACACUGCAAUGUCCUGACCCAAAAGAAAAUAGUGUAAUUCAUUGCUCAAAGGAUGGCAAAUGGACUUCAGAAUUCACAAUGUGCUCCCAGCUCCAGGGCUCAUGUCCACCUCCAGCUGAGACCAACUCUGUGGAGUACAUCUGUGACCAGGGCACGGCUGUGGGUGCUGUUUGCCUCCCUGUUUGCACGGAUCUGUGUGACCCCGUGGUGUUGCCCAAUGGCACAACAGCAGACUCACUACAGCACUGGAUGAUGCCAACCCAACUCCAGAGCAUCGUGUGCACAGGAAUGAUGAAGUGGUUCCCUGACCCUCAGCACAUCCAUUGUAUCCAGUCAUGUGAGCCUUUUGGAGGAGACGGAUGGUGUGACACGAUAAACAACCGCGCUUACUGCCAAUACGACGGAGGAGACUGCUGCCCGUCCACACUGUCCAGCAGAAAGGUCAUCCAGUUUGGAGCGGACUGUAAUCAGGACGAGUGCACUUGUCGAGACCCAGACGCCGAGGAGAACAAGAGUCAGGCCAAGCACUCACAGGGGGGCGGAGCUAACUGACGGAAGAAUGAGACAAGGCAAAAGAAGAAACAACCACAACAAACAAACAUCAAAUAUCCGAUUUGUACAGUUUCACUUUUCGAUCCAAAGAAAGCCAUUGAAGUCAUACAAGAUGUGAUACUGGAAUUGUGUAAAAUUAUGGGAAAAGUCCUUCUUAAGUGUGGUUCACUGUCUGAAUGAAAGGUCCUGCUUUAGUAAUAGCCUAAAGGGUAUUAUCUUGUCCAAUUUAGUUUUGUUUCCUGACCACAGUUUGAGGUGGAAGUAAUACAAUUCAAACAAUCACUUCUAAAAGAAAAUACAUUAAUUGCUACAAUGCUCAUUUUAAGGAAAUAUAGUUUGUUUUUUACCAAGUAGAUCUUUGC